AUGAGGAUGGCGGAGAAGCUGAAGAAGCUGGAAGAGGUGGUGAAGAAGAUGGAAGAGGAAAAGGAGAAGAUGAAAGAGGAGAAGGAGGUGGAGAAGCGUAGAAGGGUAGAGGAGGUGGAGAUGGAGAAGCGUAGAAGGGUAGAGGAGGUGGAGAUGGAGAAGCGUAGAAGGGUAGAGGAGGUGGAGAUGGAGAAGCGUAGAAGGGUGGCGUUGGAAGAGGAGCUUGGAAGGUUGAAGAGAAUACCCGAGACUACUCCUGCAGCAGUCCCAAUAGGAGACGGUGACUCACGGCGGCUAGUAGAUUGCAAAGCUGCGUUUUCCGAAAAGUACGUGUCGAAGCCGGGAAGUCUUUCUCCAGAUGCUUUCAUGGCAAUCAUGACCAAUGCUGCAAAUCAGGAAGUCAGCACGUCGGUAGGGGCUUUGACUCAGUCUAGUGGCUGGGGCAAGUCCCGGUUUUUGUGCGAGGUGAGCACCCGGUUCAGAUGUCUGUACAUCAGCAUGGGGGACAGUGUGAGUAUGUAUCCUCGGCAGACUCGAAGUUAUGCGCCUUUGAAAAUGAUACUGGAGGCGGCUGCUUCGGAUCCAGAUCUGGUGGUCAGCCAUUUGAUGAACUGCUUCUCCCAGUACUUGGACCGGGCCACCAGAGACCCUCAUAUCCAGGCGCUAACCAACGCGGAAUGGUUUAGAUACCAACUGGAGGAAUGGAACCCUGGGUACGACGUGAGGAUUGUGGGCGGCACUCUGACUCCCCUUUUGCGGGCGGAGGCGAAGGCGAGAUUAGCGGAUGCGAUCACUAAGUUCAAGGAGCACUAUCGGGUUAGCUGCGUCCUGGUCCUCUGCGAUGAGGCAGCUGCUCUGCUCGAGCCUUUCUCUGCCAGUGGGCUACCGCGAUUUCGGCUGUUCCGACGGGCAUUUACUGUAAUGGGCAUGACUGCUUGCUUUGCCAGCACGCAGUCCAAGGUUCAAAACUUUGCCCCCGCUCUCCACAGAGAUGAGUCGUACAAGGAAUAUACCAUGACUCAAUUGGAACGCCCCUGGAUGCCUUCCCCAUUUCUUGCGAUCAAUCCAGUGGAUGUCAGCGUUGGUGACGUGUUGUAUCCACUGUCUUUGGCUGAUCUUCAUAGCGCAGGCAAUCUGUCACAAUUCG